UUACGGACCAAAGGCGUAUGAGAAGUUACAAGAAGCAUCCGUCGAUGCGACGGUGAAGUAAGGAAUUGUUUUCAAAGGAUACAAUGUAGUCAGUAAAAAACAAUAUUUAUACUACUACCUUCUAAUAUGUUAGUUAAAAUAUGGGUUCACAUAAUUUGGAAGUUCUUCGUCAGGGAUUUUGGGGUUCAAUUACUGGAGGAUGGUAUUACGACCCUCACCAAAGCAUUUCGUCCAACACAAUUCAUCUGUAUCUCUGGCUCUUCCUGCUAUGCCUUCCUUUGAGUCUUUUUCUGGGAUCAAGCAGUUCUUUAACAAUAUGGAUUAUAUACUGUCUCCUCAUCGGUCUGACAUUCAGUAUAAUAAAAAUAAUAAACUAUCGAAUGCACCUGAUGUUUGAUGUGGGAGAGCAGCCAAAAACCAGUAAAAAUGGAAUCAGUGACGAAGAUGAAGGCAAAAAACCUGAAAAAAUAGAAGAUUGUCAUGAAGUUGGAAAUGUUGCCUCAAAUCAAGGGGUUCAUCUACAGAUAAAACAUAUAGAUGAAACGUUAGAUGGAAUUGAAUUAGAAGAACUUAAUAGUAAUAGACGUAGUGCCACACCUCCAAUUGGAUGCAGCUCAAGAAACUCUGUAAAUAGGGAUGUUGAUAAGACUGAUGAUGAAGUCCUCUUACCCGGUAGCAUAAAAGCAGAUAUUCACCAUCAAAAGGAUCCCUACAGCUCUGAAGAUACAAUACUCAAAGCCUUAAAUACCUUAGAUACUAUAGAAAAAGAAUUACAUUUGGACUCACCUCCUCCAAGCCUCAGUAGUAAGGAUAUUAAAGAAUUAAAAAGUGAAGAACUGCAAACUACUUCUUUUAUUGACUCAAGUGCCAUGGGACCAGCAACAACUAAAAUCCCUACACCAAAGUCGGAACGCAGCAGAAAAACUAAAAUGACAGUCAUUGAGCGAACCCGCUCAAAUGGCUCUGUAGAGCCGUACAUAUUUACAUCAGCUGCGCAACCGAAAGAUAGCAAUAGCAAUGAAUAUGACAAGCUGGGCAAAAGGAAUUCUGAUUUCUUAGAUGUGUUUCUUGGAACAAAAAAUGAGCUUCAAUCCCCUAGCAGUACAGGCAGUGAUGUGGAAGAUGUAAAAAAAACAGUGAAAAAAGAUUUAGAAUUAACAGAGAAUAAAGGAACAUUGCCAGAAUGUAAAUGGCCUGCACUUAUAUCUGAUGAAGAAUUUAUAGAUACAAUGAAUUAUCGUAAAAAGAAGCGACGCUUAUUGACUCGGCACAAAACCAGCAAUGACAAUAAUGCUGGUACCAGUGAACAUGAUCUCUCAACGGUGUCCAGCAUCUCCUCGAAAGAAUUUAGUGCUUCACAGAGAUCAGAAAAUGAUGACCUCUCCAGCUUAGGGACUGACUUGUUCCAAACAUUCUCCUGGAUGACACCAGAAGCAGAAGAUGGCAGAAGAUCUAGAAGGACAGCUUUGAUUGAUUCACUGACAAGUAGAAAAAGGACUAACAGUGAAGAAGGAAGUACGAGUGGAAAAGUUGAUAGUGCUGAUAAUCAUUCAAGAACCAGCUCAGUAUCCUCAACAUCUGCUGUAGCAUCCAAAGACACAGGAUCCAGUAAUAGUGAAAGGUCUGACACCUGUCUCUUGCACAAAAGUGAUUUAUCGGUCACCGCAGUGACAAUGGAAAACUCAAGUAAAAAUGAGGAACAAUAUAAUGAAAGGGCAGCCAGUUCUCCAAUUAAAAGUGAGAAAGAAGAUGCUGGUGUGCCUACAGAAGCUGAGGCCUUUCUUAAAACAGAUUCUAAAACAUGGAAUGUACCAGGAUCUGAUAGUUUGAGUUUUUUGUUUGAUUCAGAAGCAGACAAAAAUCAGGAAAAUGAAUCUGCUAUUGGAAUAGUUGAAAUCCCUAGAACACAAAGUGAUGUUGCUGGAGGUCACAGUAGGGAUAGAAGCCGUGAGGGCGCUAUUCCAAAACAGAGAACACGCAUUAAUACCACAACAAGUGAAGAUUUUGGAGUGGAGGAUGAGACGGAUCCUGAUUCAAUGCCAGUGGGUAGCAUAAAUACUAGCAGCAGUACACUGCUAUCCAAGAUAUUCCAGACAGUCCGACGUGAUAUUCUUACACAAGACACCAGCAGUGAACUUGAAAUGAAUAUGCGAAGAAGACGUCGAAUGGCUUUAUAUCGAAGCGCCACUAGUGCUGACCCAAGAAGACAUCGUAUAAGACGACGCCGUCACGACUCUGGUCCAGAUCACUCGCGCGAGACAAGAGAUUACCGCAAGCCUGUUUCUCCACCUACUGCUCUCAUGCCACACCUAAGCAGUAGCUCACAGGGCAACUAUAUGGCCACCAGCCAUGAUGACACAGCGCAAGGAUCAGUUCACUGUUUUCAGGAUGAACUAGGUAACUGGCUAACUUAUACCUUUGAUGAGACUGGUAAUGGUGAAGCAAGUAGAUUAGAAACAGACCUAUCACCAGCUUGGUCUAAAAGCAUUCAUAGCACAGACAUCGAUAAGGAUAGUGUGUACAGUGAAUGUUCUGCCCCUCUGGUACUGGAGCUGCCUAAGAGAGACAGCUACAAUGAUAUACCAGGAUUGUUAUCUGAAAGUUUCUUGAAUGGUAAUGAAAGCAGUAUAUUCAUGAAUGAACUUCUCAACAUUUCCCCGUUUCCUAAUGAUGCAUCACGACUUCCUAAGCACCAGGAACGUAAGAAAGUCAUCCAUAAUUACCGAUUCUGGAUCCUGCCAUGGAAGUCAUUCCGAGUAAAGGCAGACCGUUUAGCAUUUCAAGCCCUACUAGAUAGGAAUCGUACAAUAAUAGAAAGUAUUUUUGCCACAGUCCUUGCAAUUCUUGUAGCCCUUCUAGGGUACGGUGUGCUGACAAGCAAUUUCUUUCAGGACUUUUGGAUAUUUUGGUUCUGUUUUGUGGUUGCUAGUUGUCAGUACUCCCUCUUAAAGAGUGUUCAACCAGAUGCUGCAUCUCCUAUGCAUGGCCACAACCAGAUUAUAGCAUACAGCAGGCCUUUCUAUUUCUGUGUCUGCUGUUGCUUGAUAUUGCUGCUUCAGUACUGCGUAACCCAUUUUGACCUUGAGAAAGAAGCCUUUUCUUUGUAUGGUCUGCCAUUUGCCAGCCUUAAAGCCAUCACUAUUGCAAGAGAUGCUCUCGUUGUUUUUGUGUUGUUAUUUCCACUUAUUUUCCUACUGGGGCUCUUACCGCAGUGCAAUACUUUUGCUAUGUAUCUUAUGGAGACGGUGGACAUUCAUAUAUUUGGUGGAAAUGCUACUACUGGAGUAGGUGCAGCUUGUUAUGCUGUAGCUAGGAGUAUUGCUACUGUCCUCAUUCUGUGUGGAUUUGCUUAUGGUGCUUUUGAGGGUGAUAAUGCAGAGUUGAGUGUGUUUUUCUCCGUGUUCUGUGCUCUUUUAAUACCUAUUAGCUACCACCUUAGCCGUAGUGCCUGUAAUCCAGAUGUACUUUGGACAAUCAUAAAACAGUAUGUGCUACCUGAAGAACCGGUAGUAAAGAAAGAGGGUGAGGAGAAAGAAAUCAAAGAUCCCCUCCCAGACAAACUCAAGGCAUCAGUGAGUGCUCGUCUUCAGUCUGAUCUUCUGGUAUGCGUCUUCAUCGCAAUAAUUGUGUUUGCCGUUCAUAAAAGUACCGUCUUUUCAGUUCUCCAGGGACAUGUAGGAUUUAUCCUUUACAUCAUUGCUGGGGUUGUUGGCUUCGUUGUCCACUAUAUAAUGCCACAGCUUCGAAAGGAGUUACCGUGGUUAUGUAUUGCACACCCUAUUCUUAAAAGCAAUGAGUACAACCAGUUUGAAGUCAGAGAUGCAGCAAAGAUAAUGGUAUUUGAGAAGAUCUAUGUUUGGCUAUGCUUUAUCGAACGCAAUAUCAUCUAUCCACUAGUGUUCCUGUUUGCUCUAACAGAGUCAGUUCAUCACAUACAGGGCAAGGAUACUUUCAAACCAUUGUAAAUGCUCUUUGCCAUGUUGCUAUGCAUUUUUAGAAUCACCAGAAGAAUAUUUAACAUCAUCUUUAUUGGUGAUAGUGAAAUAUUUGCUGUUAAAUGGUUGAAUGUGAUUAAUUUUGAUUUGUUACUUUUAUAUGCAUGUCUAAUCUAAGUGCAAAAUAAUUAAUUAUUAUUUCACAUUUUUCUCCAUUAGAUCUGUGAGUGCUUACUCAAGUUGAAGUUUGUGUUCACAUACAUAGCUCCUUGGCAGAUUACAUGGGGGUCAGCCUUUCAUGCAUUCGCACAGCCCUUCAGUGUACCUCAUUCUGCAAUGUUAUUUUUACAGACAGCAGUGUCUACAUUCUUCUCAACUCCUUUAAAUCCAAUUCUAGGAAGUGCAAUAUUCUUUAUGUCAUAUAUACGACCGGUCAAGUUCUGGGAGAGAGACUAUAAUACAAAACGAGUUGAUCAUUCCAAUACAAGACUUGCAUCUCAGCUUGAGAGAAAUCCAGGAUCUGAUGACAACAAUCUAAAUUCCAUCUUUUAUGAACAUUUGACACGUUCACUGCAAACCAGCUUGUACGGUGACCUGGCUUUAGGACGCUGGGGUACUGUACAGGCCGGAGACUGCUACAUCCUAGCAUCAGACUACCUCAAUGCUUUAGUCCAUGUUAUCGAACUUGCCAAUGGACUUGUUACAUUCCAACUCCGAGGCCUGGAAUUUAGAGGAACAUACUGCCAACAGCGUGAAGUGGAAGCCAUUACAGAGGGUGUUGAUGAGGAUGACGGAUGCUGCUGUUGUACCCCAGGUCAUUUCCCACACAUGUUGUCAGCGAAUGCAGCAUUCAACCAGCGUUGGCUAGCCUGGGAGGUGUCUGCCAUUAAGUAUGUACUUGAGGGCUACAGCAUCUCAGACAAUUGUGCUGCUUCUAUGCUUCAGGUGUUUGAUUUGCGCAAGAUUCUCAUUACCUACUAUGUUAAGAGCAUUAUCUACUACGUUGUACGUUCACCGAAAGCUGAUCAGUGGGUGUCAAAUGAAGCAAUCCAAGAAGCCUUUCAGCCGUGUUUAGAAAGGAACUACGCAGACUGUGACCCGACCUUUAACCCUAAAAUUGAUGAGGAUUACGACCACAUGAAUUCAGGCAUCUCUAGACACAGUUUCUGCAAUGUGUAUUUAGACUGGAUUCAGCACUGUACUAGCAGGAGGCAACAGCCAAUCAAUUGUGACAAGGACUCAUACCUAGUGAGCUUAUGCUUUGCUAUGUGCGUUCUUGGAAGGCGAGCACUGGGAACUGCCUCACAUCACCUUUCGGCAAGUAGCUUGGAGUCUUUCCUUUAUGGCUUGCACGCAUUGUUCAAAGGUGAUUUCCGCAUUGUCUCCGAGAAGGAUGAAUGGGUUUUUAAAGAUAUGGAGAUGCUACGACGAUGUGUUGCUCCCGGAGUCAGAAUGUCUCUAAAACUCCAUCAGGAUCAUUUCACAUCACCUGAUGAGUAUGACAAUAAUGCUGCCCUCUAUGACGCUAUAUCAUCACAUGAGGAGAACAUGGUGAUAACUCAUGAGGGCGAUCCAACAUGGAGGAAUGCGGUGCUAUCAAAUACACCUUCCCUUUUAGCACUUAGACAUGUUCUUGAUGAAGGAACUGAUGACUAUAAAAUCAUCAUGCUCAAUAAACGUUACCUUAGUUUUCGAGUUGUAAAGGUAAAUCGUGAAUGUGUUCGUGGACUAUGGGCUGGGCAGCAGCAGGAACUUGUGUUUCUGCGCAAUCGUAACCCUGAGCGCGGCAGUAUACAGAACGCAAAGCAAGCAUUACGUAACAUGAUCAAUUCAUCCUGUGAUCAACCAAUUGGCUAUCCAAUCUAUGUUUCACCACUCACUACCUCUUACUCUGACUGCAGCGCACAACUGAACAGCAUUACAGGGGGACCUUUGAGCUUUUCUGGUAUCAAGGAGACUGUGCUGAAAUUAUGGACACGACUUCACCAUAGGUGUCACAUGGGGUGCAGCAGUGGCGGUAGUGGUCAAGAUGACCGGGACAAAGAUGAAACCGACGGCACGCCAGUACAACAGCAUUCAAUUUCAAAUCCAGCAAAUGAUUCUGGACUUCCCGGCAGUCUACCAUCAGAGAACCAGCAAGGUGGCUUCAUGCAGACUCCUGCUCACAAUCGAGGUAGCCUUACCUCCAGCACAGGCUCUAUGGGUAAAACAGGAUCUCCAUUUAUUGUUCUGCCUUCCAUGAUUGUUGAGUCAGGCAGUCUAAAGGAGACAUUGGUACAGCGUGUGAAGAUCAAGGAUCCGAGUAUGGUCUUCGAUACUCUGAACUCAAGUAAACAUGUACAUUGGCCAGAUGACUCGAUGCGUCUUACCGGUGGCAAGAAUUCAUGGAAGGGUUGGUAUCCAGAAGAGGGCAUGGAAGGCAACGUAGUCCAUACAUGGGUACCAUCUCACAGGGAAGUGGGAAGAAGAUCGCACAUAGAUAAAACUAUUUUACUUGUACAAAUUGAGAGCAGGUUUGUGGCGAUUGCUGAGAGCGGUGUAGUGAUUGUAAGUGCAGAAGUGUGAGAUAUUGAGACUGGGUGAGGUGGAAGAUGAACAAUGUGCAAUGCAGGUGUUUGAUAAACAGUGGUGUACUUUAGUGGACAUGUCAUUGUAUUGCUUUAUAGCAUUAACAAAUUUAUUUGAGAAUAAAGAACUAUAUCUGUAAUAAGAGCAAAUAAAGUUUUUUUUAGGUGAAUUCAGUUUACAAAUUUUGUAAGUAAAUACUUAUGUUUAAUAAUGUUAUGUUUAUCACUAAAAUGCUACCACAUAAUGUCAUAAAAAAAGGUUUUAUAAAUUUAGCAUCAACCGAGUAGAUAUUCAAGUACAGUAAUCCAAAUAUUAUUUAUAUAUUUGUUGAUUUUUUAUUUUUUUUAUUUAAUAAAAAUUCUAAAUUGUAUUGUGGUUAGAAUAUCCAGUUUGCUUAAAGUGUGUAGCAACAUGUGGUGAGAAUAGGGUGAUAUGCACGGGGUGGCUUUGUUGAUAUUGAUGGUGAGGGAAGCAUAUUUGACUGACUGUCGAUACUGGAUGUAAGAGUGAAAGAGAAAAUGAAUGAGUGGAUGUUGUUGCUAUCGGUUAACACGACAUCGAUAAGAUUUAUAAGCAAGUCUUUAUCGUUACAUGAUGUAUAGCAAUCAGGGAAACAACAGUAGAGUAAAAUGUUUUGAAAUGUUUGAAAUUUAAAUAUGAUUGGCUGAAACAAUCCAGCCAUAGAAAUAAUUUUGGUUGAAUUAUAAAUCCUCUAUUAACAAUAAUUCAAUAUAUUAGUGAUUUUUAAUAAAAGUAUACAUAAAUGCCUCUUCCCAUCAAGUUACAUGCCAAUAUAUAAUAAUACUUAUUAAUAUUCCGAUUUCAUUCUUUAAGAAAAAUGAUAGGAAAGAAGAUAAAUAUAUCUGCACUUUUUUGCCUUUAACACAAAGAAAAAACAGGCAAAAAACUUAAACAAUAAUUUUUACGCAAGUAAAGAAUGUAGGACAAUUUAAUAUGCCCGCAGUUAAAGAAUAAAGAGAUAAUAUUAAAUUUUUUGUAAGAAGGAAGAAAAAUUGCAAGUGAGUAUGUCAAAAUCUGAACUAGUCACCAUUUUGUAUCAAGUUUAUAAAACUGCUAUUGGUCUUUUGAGGAAAAUGCAAAUCUUUUAUUUAAAUGAUACACAUGUGCUUGUGUUUGUAUUUUUUUGUUGUCCUGUUAUCUGUGUACAUUUUUAAGAACAUAUUUUAGUAACCCAUUUUUAAAAAUUGUCAUGAAAAAUUGAAAUUUAGAAAAAAAUAUUUUCAUUUUUUAUUUGCCACAGUUUUGCUGAUGUGUGUUUGUCAUUAUAUUUGUUUUUUCUUCUUGAAAUAUUAAUUCCAAAUAUUGAUUUAUUUAUGAAGAUAAAAUAUGCAACUAAUGACUUUUCUAAAUGGUCCUUGAAGGGUGUAAAAAUACUUUAUUAUUUAUUAGUGUGAGUUCAAGCUAUGAUGUCUUGUAUUCCGAAACCCAUUCACAGAAUGCAAGUAAUUCUAUUUUAUCAUGUUUGUACUAUUUAUUAAUUUAUUUUAUUGAUUGUGAUCUGUGAUGAAUUCUCAGGUUUGGUUUAGACAGAAUAAACCAAUUUGUAGUUUGUCAGGUCAAUCAACAUAAACAAACAUACACAACAUAGGUUUAUUUCGAUUCACCUUGGAUACAGACAUGCGCAGGUCAAAAUAUGAAUUGGCUUAUGGAAUCGCUCUACUUCCAAACACAUGCAAUAAUUUGUAAAUUCUGUUACAUUAUUUGCAGAGAGUUUUCUGUGCAUGUGGCCCCAGAUUUACUCAUUUCAUUGGUUGUUGGAAUAAGAUUGGUGAAAACUAGUGAUACAGUAGUAAUAUUUUAUCAAGAAAGCUAUGGCUUCAAUACAAGGAUAUGGGAGAUUAUUUAAUAUAGGUGUAAAAAUGCUUGUUGCAUUCUGAGAUUAAAAUGUUUAUUUUCUCCAUUUUCAAUUCCACAAUUAUGACCAUGCUCAAUUGAGACGUAGUACACUCAUUUAUCCAUGGAUAUUUAUUUAUUAAUUCAUCAAGAAAAAGAAAGAAAACAGGAAACAUUUAGAACACAAUUUUAUUUUCACAUGAAUAUUUUGACCUGAUCUAAGGUUCUCUUCAGCCUGAUGAAUUUAUAAUCACUAUGUACAAGUUGGCAUAAUAAUACUUAAUUAGUAAUUGGCGAGUGAUUUUCCCCCUUUUGUUUAUAGCAACUUGUUCAUAGGCCCAAUCACAUAUUUUGCUAUUAUAAUUAACUCACUCUGACCUAUUACUAAUUAGAUAUUAUGGCAAAUGCCAAGUUAUACAUAGUACUUGUAAAUCAGUCAUACGGAAGAGGACCUGGGGCAAGGUGAAAUAUUCAUGUUUUCUUUCUAUAUUAUCCUUAUAAUGAACAUGAACCCCUCUUCAUAUUUUACAUAUAUUUGCCAUAUGUUCCAUUGUUUAAUUUUGUUAUAUAUAAAUAUAUAUAAUAUGAUGUAGGCCAUGUAUAUAUAUAUAUAAUAUAUAUAUAUAAUAUAUAUAUAUAUAUAUAUAUAUAUAUAUGCAACAAACAUUUUGACUACUCCUGUAGUCUUUGUCAAUGCUUGAGAUAAAGUGAUGUAAAUGAUAUACAUUAUAUACAAAACGUAGGUAUGUACGUACAUACAUGCAUAUCCUACACCAUAAGUCGAUCAUUUUAUAUUUUGGAAAUUCAAAUCCAUAGAAAUAUCUAUUGAAAUAUAAAUACAAAAUAAUUGCCAAUAAUUCUUUUGUUAGUCAUAAGUAGUGGUUGAUCAAACCCAGUGGUUGCAAUCAGAGGUGAACUGUAUGGUAAAUUGAAGAAUGUACUGAGGGUUUCGAGGUAAUCCUUAUAGGUCUUGCUUCCAAGAGAAAAUAUUUCAAAAAAUAAAUAAUUUUUAUUCUCAUCAAUUCACCUUUACUAAUGUAAGAGAAGGUUUUAGCAAUAUGUACUUCAACCGUACGUUGCCUGUCGACCACAGGUAUACAUCAUAACUUUUAGUUAAUUUUUGCCAUACUGUUGGUCAAGGUCUAAUUUUGGAUUCUCUCGUUUUAGUUAAUAUUUUCAUCCUAAACAUGUACAUUUAUCAAAUUAGACAUACUGUAUCUUAUAAUAUCGGACAUUAUGUAUGCUGAUUAAUUGGAACUUAAAAUAAGAUUGUUUUUGUACACUUACAAACUAUGAUGUGGCACAUUUAGGGACAGCCUCAAUGUUGUGAAUAAAUAGGAAUUAUGCUGUGGCUCUGUUGGAGGUAUGCUUUAAUGCAUCCCUAAAUUAAAAGCUGAAACACGAUUUGCCAGCACUGAUUCAACCAUGCAUAAAUGUUAAGCAGCUGAGAUGGACUAAACUGCGAUAGGCCUACUGAUUUUUAAAAUAAAAAGAAUUACAAUAAUAAUAGUAAUGGUAAUAAUUAUUGUAUUACAGUCGAAAGCUCAAGUAAGUUCUUAAGAGAAAUUUUUCAAGAGUUUAGAGUUAUUAAAACAUAUAAUAAUGCCAUCUUGUGUAGGCCUAUAUCGAGUUUUCUAAAAAACACAGCAUCACAGUUUGUGUAUGUCGUAUGCUUUGACCACUAAAUGAUAACCAUUUUUCAUUAUUUUUUAUGUUUAGUGUUUCAGAUAGUGAGUUUGGCUAGUUUUUGUAUUUCGUUUUUUUUUUUUUUUAUGAUCGAAUCAUUAUGAAUUAUUGUGAUAUGGGAGAAUACUGUAUAUCUCAACAAAUCAAGACAGAGUAUAAAUAGCUUCAUAUUAUAUUUGUACGAAUUGUAAGUAAUAAAAUAAAAUUUCUAGUUAUACAAAGUUAA